GCUUUCGCUUUUAAUAUAACUUUACUUCAGCUGAAAUGCAGCUGUAGCAAUUACUCUUAGGAACCCUUUUGUAAUUUAACAUUGUUUCAUUAUGCCACGUAAGAGCGAGGUAAUUCAAAUGGAUAUUCAGCGAGAAUUUUGUUCGACGAUGCAAGAACUUCGGGAAAUCUGGGAUGAAAUUGGAAUUCCGGACGAACAAAUUGAAACUCGUGGGAAGACGGUCUUGCUUCACAUUAGGAACCUUUUCCAAGAGAUGGUUUCAGAAGAACAGAAUCUAAAAACAAACAUGAUGAAAAAGAUUGAAACUUUCCUGGCAGAAGUUGAUGAUUUAAAUGAAAAAAUGCAUUUGCCGCCUUAUACUAUGCCUGAAGGUUUGAAUAUAAUGCAGAAGGAGAAGGAAAUCAGAAUGCAAGCCAACCGAUUGAACAAAUUAAAACGUGAGCGCUUGUGUACAUUGGCCUCGUUGAAAUCUGUUGAACAAGAAUUAUGCGAUCAGCUUUGUACAACACCAUGUUAUAUUCCAUCAACAUGUAUUCCUAGUGAAGAACAACUCGAACAAUUAGUGGACCACAUUGAAACCUUAAAAUUGGAGAAAGUUCGUCGAAAAGAAGUUUUUGCAACGAAACGAACGGAGAUAGUUGAUUUAUUUGAUGAAUUGGAGCUUAGACCAGAAACCUCAUUUGCACAGGAUCUUGUAACGGAUGAACCAGACUCGUUCUAUCUUACCUCGGGGAAGAUGGAUCAGUUGGAAGACCUUCGAAGUGAGCUGUCAAUCAAGAAAAACGAGGCUCAACGAUUGGUUGAGGAUUUGUGGCAAAAGGUCACUUGUUUAUGGGAGAGGUUGGAAACACCUGAGAGUGAACGAUCUAAUGUUCGUGGGGAAUGCACAGGUUUUAAACCUCACGUGGUUCAACGGUUACAAGAUGUCCACACAAAGUUGGAACACGAGAAGUUAAUUCAUUUGAAAUCCCUGACUGAGAGAUGUAGGUCACAAAUCGCAAGUUUGUGGGACAAAUGUUUCUACAGCGCUGAUCAACGUAACCAGUUCAUUCAAGCGUUCGAUGAGAAUUAUACGGUAGAUUUGUUGGAUAAACACGAAGAGGAAUUGGCGAAUAUGCACUCGUUGGCAUCAACUAUUCGCUCGUAUGUUGGAACUGGAGGCGCGCGCUCAUGACGUAAAUCGAUUCUCGAAUCGCGGAGGCAACUUGUUACAAGAGGAACGAGAAAGAAAGAAGAUUCAUAAACAGCUUCCCAAGAUCGAGGAAGACUUGUUCGCUGCUAUCGAUGCGUGGGAAGAAAAGAAAGGGGUCCCGUUCCUUGUUGAAGGGACCCGUUUCUCGGACUAUGUUCAUUCGCAAUGGGAAGCGUGUGAAAGAAAGAAAGUGAAUGAAAAGUUGAUGCGACAAGAGAAGAAGCAACAGGAACUUCACAGUGAAAUGACGUACGGUAGCACGCCCAAAACUCCAACUAAACGUAGAUUCAUUGGAACGACAACCAUUCUUAAAACACCAACAAACUCAGCCAAGAAACCUCGGAACGGACCGCUGGAUAAUACUUGGAAAACCAACCUAACACCUGCCAAUAAAACAUCGGCUUCUGUUUAUGUUUCACCAGGGAAACCUCCAAUUUCAACUCGAUUACGAGCGCAACAAAUGUCUGGUGUCAAACGAAGCGCGAAGAAAGUUCUCGGCGAAAGUAAGUUUAACGUCCGUGAAGUUAAGAAAGGACCCGGGUCAACCAAGAGCGCCCCCGCUGGUGGAAACCUUGAUACAACAUUCAUUAAAAGUUUAAGCACGACGGUUGUUUCAUCUGAUAAGGCUGAGUCAAUUAAAUCUGUACCAUUACCAGAGUUACAUACACCUUACAAUCAGUUUGCUGCUGAGAUAAACACACAAGCCAAAGAUAAGAGAGGAGUUAGGAGCAGUGCUAUUGGUGAUUAUGGGCAUAAAUAUUAACCAUGUUGUAUUAUAGAUUUUAUUCACAAAUGUAGCGCCCCACUGCCCGCGUUUAUUUUAAUCUUGUUCCUGCUCGCCGUGUUUUAAAGUUUUAACAAAAAGCUUUGCUUCAAGUGAAUGUAAAUAAAUUUAUUUUAAAAACUA